GUACGGAUGACCAAAUCGAGCAACGCGAUUGGCUAUUCCCUGUUCCUGUUGCCUGUUCCUUUGCAUUGUGUAAUAGGCUUAAUCAUUCUUAUCGUUUUACUCAUGAUGGAAGCGAAGGGCAGCGGUUUACAGAAUGCAAACAUGAAACUCGAUGACCCCGAGACGAUCGAGCAAAAAAUACUUGCUCUAGCGCGAACUAGACCGAAAGGCAUCUCCGACAAAGAUCUGGCUGUUGAGAUGCCGGACUUGCAGCCGAUUCAACGAGCUCAGAUCAUAAACAAGCUACUGUCACAGGGGUACUUUGAGCUCUUCAAGCAAGGGGACUCAUUAUCCUAUCAGUUAAAGGAUCCUCAAAAAGUAGCUAAAGGCGCCGAUAAUGAAGAGAAGAUCGUGUACAAGAUCAUUGAGGAGGCUGGGAACAAGGGAAUAUGGACACGAGACAUCAGAUUCAAGUCGAACUUGAUGCACACGCAAUUGCAGAAGAUUCUGAAGAGCCUCGAGACGAAAAAGUUCAUCAAGGUCGUUAAAUCUGUAGCAGCGAGUAAGAAAAAGGUGUACAUGCUGUACAACUUGCAACCGGACGAAUCCGUAACGGGUGGCGCGUGGUACCAGGACCAGGACUUUGAGACGGAGUUCGUCGAUAUAUUGAAUCAGCAGUGUUAUCGAUUUCUCGAGCAAAAGAGGGAGAAGAUGAAGAGCUGCGAAGCAGGCCCCAUCGCCGCGAGGAACAUGACGUACGCGUCGUCCAAGGAAGUAUGGAAGUUCAUCUCGGAUUUAGGAAUAAGCAAGGUAAAAUUAUCCGUAGACGAUAUGGAGAUGAUCUUAAACACCCUGGUUUACGACGGGAAGAUUGAAAGAGUACCCUCAGCGGAUGGAAACAAUCUAUACAGGGCGAUUCAGCCUUUGCUCAGUUCACCCGGAUUGAUCAGGACUCCGUGCGGCAUAUGUCCGGUGAGAUCGCAGUGUUUCGAAGAUGGCCCCAUCACGCCUAUCAAGUGCCAGUACAUCCGAGAAUGGCUAUAAUAGAUACACUCGAAAUUUAGAUAGUAAUUUAUGCAAAUAUUUCAUUUUACCUUCUCUUCUUUCCGUUUGGAUAGAUAAGAGACUGGUACGAAAAUACCUGAAUUUAGAAAAUUAUUUUGUACAUAUAAAAACCACGCAAGGAGAUUUGUAGUAUUCUUAUAUUAUUUAUUUUACUUAUAGUUUACUGCUAAAUACAGGUAGCAAUUUUAUAAAAA